AUGCCCAUGACUGAUUUUGGUGAUGUCUUAAAGGCUGGCGAUUUAGCCGAUGUGGUCAUGAUUCGACCUGAGGAACAACUCAACUCGUCAUCGAAGGCGCUGAACGCGCGUAGCGGAUCGGAGAUCCUCAACGAUCGCUCGGAUCCAUUCCACUCACUAUUGGCUGAGUAUGAUAACGUCGUGUCAAAGACGCCGUCCAUGGGGCUACCUCCGAAAAGAGGGGUCCGUCGCGAGAUUGACUUGGUUCCAGGAACGAAAUACUGCGGCAAGGGUCCGCAUUCCACGCCGGUAUUCUGUGUCAGAAAGCCAAAUGGCAAGUGGCGCAUCGUUCAUGCUUUUAACAAGCUGAAUGCAACUACGAUCCCGGCUCAGACGCCGAUCCCUCGCAAGGAUGUUCUACAGAGCAACAUGGUUGGGUGUAUGAUGUACAGCGCGCUCGGCCUGGUCGAUGGAUAUUAUCAGUUGCUCAUGCGAGCUAGUGACAUCCCGCUAACCGCUGUUAGUACUCCGAGUGGUAUGGUCUGGGAGUGGUUGGUAAUGCCCCAAGGGCUGUCAAACGCGCCGGCGAAGUUCAACCUUCUGCACGGGAGGUCGGCUGUGGAGAACCACGUUGACAAUUUGCGAGCGGGGCUCGAGUGCAUGCGCACGAACAAAUUGUACUCUAAUGCGGAUAAUGGCAUUUUCAGUGCGGAAGAGAUCCCCUUUCUGGGGUGCUUCAUUGAAAAGCGUGGCCUUCGAGCGGAUCCCGCUAAAGUUAAUGCCAUUGGAUUGACCGGUUCCUGUGAACCUGAAAGACUUGAUGAGGUGGCUUGGCCUUGCCAAUUACCUUCAUAA